UACAUUAGUUAAUGAUUAAACCUCAGGGCUUCAUGAAACACCGCAAGGAAAUCAGAACGAAAUCACUUGCAUUGCACACCGUCGUCUUCUCUGCAAAACCCUAAUCCGUCAAUAGAAAUCAAUCGAUUGAAAAUGAGAGCAACGAGAUUCACUAAUCUAACAAAAAACACCCGCUUUUCACUGCAGUCCAGUUCUUCCUAUUGCUCUGGUGGUGCAGGUAGUGGUCGCGGUCGCGGCCGCGGUGGCGUCGUCUCCGGUUCCUCGCCGUUUGACCAUUUUUCUCCGAAAAAAAUCAUAGGUCAACCUACAAAAGAGUCAAAACCCGAGUCGACACCGAGUCAAAACUCAGGGCAAAGCCCCCCUGUUCCUCCUCUCUCCACUGAGCUUCCUUCUUUUUCCUCUUUCAUCUCCUCGGUCAAAUCAGGUGGUGCCGGACGCGGCCGAGGGCAUGUGAAUCCCGGGACUGAACCUAGUCAAACCACGGACUCUCCCAAACCGCCGAGAUUAAACACUAGGUCAGAGUUUUCCUCAGAGUCGACACAGCCGACUGAGCCCAACCUCCCAUCGAGUGUCCUCUCUGUCUUUUCCGGAGCAGGGCGUGGGAAGCCAGGUGUACAACCAUCUCCACCCCUUCCCAAAGUAGAGGAAGAAAAUAGGCAUAUUCGGGCCCGAACUGGCCGCGAUUCUGCCCAAUCCGAACCUGAACCUGCCCGACCAAAGUUGAACCGAGAGGAGGCUGUUAAACAGGCUUUGAGGGUUUUAUCACAGGGUGGUGGAGGUGAGAGAGAAGGGAGAGAGCGGAUUAGCACCGCUGAAGCAUGGCCGGGCCGAGGACGGGGCAGGGGAAGAGGAAGAGGAAGAGGGAGAGGGAGAGGGAGAGGAGGAGAGAGGGUUUUUGCUAGAGAAAUGGAGGAUAAAGAUGAAGGAUUUGCUGCAGGUUUGUAUUUGGGAGACAACGCUGAUGGGGAGAAAUUGGCUGAGAAAAUCGGUGUUGGGAAUAUGAAUAAUUUGGUUGAAGGGUUUGAGGAGAUGAGUGGUAGAGUGUUACCUUCUCCUAUGGAUGACGCAUAUUUGGAUGCUUUCCAUACAAAUUGCAUGAUUGAGUUUGAACCUGAGUACCUGAUGGAGUUUGAGUCAAAUCCAGACAUUGAUGAGAAACCGCCUAUUCCCCUUAGGGAUGCACUUGAGAAGAUGAAACCGUUCUUGAUGGCCUAUGAGGGAAUUCAAAGUCAUGAAGAGUGGGAGGAAGCUGUCAAUGAAGUUAUGGAGAGAGUGCCGUUACUGAAAGAGCUUGUUGAUGAGUACAGUGGACCUGAUAGGGUAACUGCUAAGCAACAACAGGAGGAGUUGGAAAGAGUAGCCAAAACUGUUCCCAAAAGUGCACCAGCUUCUGUAAAACGGUUUGCAAACCGUGCAGUCCUUUCUCUUCAGAGUAACCCUGGUUGGGGAUUUGACAAAAAGUGCCAAUUCAUGGAUAAGCUUGUGUGGGAAGUUUCUCAACAUUACAAGUAAGACUGAAAUGCGUAUUUGAUACUGCCAGCAAAGAUUCCUGGGUUGAAUUAUGAGGCCAUCUGGAUGGCAAACAUUGAGGUUAUUCACAAUUUCUUUGGAAAAAAAGGAGCAGAGAUUUUUUUUUUUGGUUCUAAAUUAUGUGCUUAAUAAGCUCUUCCAAAAUUUUGUGCUAAGUGUUAUCUUGUUUUAUUUAUAAUGUAUAUUAGAAAUUAUAAUCAUAAUUUUCUUGGGUAAGAUUUGAGUAUGAUGUUAAACUGAUUUAAAGAUUAUAUGCAGUAGGAGCAGUAGAUUUGAUCA